AUGGAGAGCGACGGGGUUCUGGAGGAUGCGGCGGCGGCGGCGGCGGCGGGGGAAGGGGAGGAGGAGCAGCAGGGGGAGGGGGAGGUGGUGGUGCCGAUCGGCGCGCAGAAGCACGACCCGGCGUGGAAGCACUGCGUCAUGGUGCGCGCCGACGGCCGGCUGCGCCUCAAGUGCGCCUACUGCGGCAAGCACUUCCUCGGCGGCGGCAUCCACCGCUUCAAGGAGCACCUGGCCCGCCGCCCCGGGAACGCCUACUGCUGCCCCAAGGUGCCCCGCGACGUGCAGGACACCAUGCUCCGCAGCCUCGACGCCGUCGCCGCCAAGAAGAUGCAGCGCAAGCUCGCCGCCUCCCUCUCGCCCGGCGACAUGCGCCGCUUCGCCGCCGCCAGCGCGCCGCCCGCCUCUGUCUCUACCGCUAGCGGGGGCACCGGCAGCCCCAUCCACGUGAUACCGCUCAACGAGGUGCUCGAUUUCGAGCCCAUGCCGCUCGAGGAGCAGAGGCCUCCGGUUCCGGAGGGCAGCACGAGGGGGAGUAGCAGCGGUAAGAAGAAGAGGAAGCAGGUGACCUACGCCCCUGCUCUGCCACUUAUACCCCAAACUCGGCCGCAGCAUGUUCCGCCUACUCCUCAGACCAAUCUUGUUCACGGGCUGCAGCAUGUUCCGCCUACUACUCAGACGAAUCCUCUUCAUCAGGUUGUGAUGGCAGUGGACGCAGUGGCACCGGCACAGCAUUUCGAACAUGCUGCCCCCUCGGAGAAGGAGCAGGUUUCCGUGGCAGUUGGGAGGUUCUUGUAUGACGCUGGUGUGCCAUUGGAAGCAAUGAACUCAGUCUACUUCCAGCCGAUGCUUGAGGCCAUUGCGGCUGCAGGAGGGAGGCCUGAGGUGCUCUCUUACCAUGACGUUCGCGGUCACGUUCUUAAGAGGUCACUCGACGAUGUGAUGUCUCGCUUGGAGUUCUUCAGGGAUGCACUGUACGAGUUACUGAAAAGUAUUGUUGUGGAGGUUGGCGAGAAAAAAGUCGUCCAAGUGAUCACAAACAAUUCUGAGAUCCAUGCAGCUGCGGGAAAAAAGCUAGGCGAAACAUUUCCCACAUUGUUCUGGUUUCCAUGCACUUGCCAGUGUGUUGAUGGCAUGCUCGAAGAUUUCAGCAAGGUGGAGGCAAUCAGUGAGAUAAUAAGGAAUGCAAAGGCCAUCACGAGAUUUGUCUACAACAGCGCAUAUACGUUAUCUGAUGAAGAAGUAUCUGCAAGGGAAGGAUCUGCUAGUUCCUGCAGAGACUCGUGCUGCUAUGAACUUUGUGACAUUGAAGAACAUGUACAGUUUGAGGGAGGCUUUGCAAGCUAUGGUCAACUCAGAUGA